AGCCUUAUUGCGCUGUUGACCUGGGCGUAGCUCAGCUGGAUGUUCUUGAGAGUCCCUGGCAUUUUUUAAAAGGGUGAAGGCACAAGAUGGAGCUAAAUGGCCUUCCUCACAACAGGCAGCCUUAUCUCGCUGUCGCCCUGGACGAAGCACAGCUGGAUGUCCUUGGGCAGCGAGUAAAAAACAAGUCCCUGUCAGUUUUGGAGAGGGUAAAAGCACAAUGUUGGUGUUCCGGUCCCAGGGUGAAGAGCGUCCUGCUGGGCUUCUUUCCUAUCCUGUCAUGGCUGCCUGAUUACUCCAUCAGAGAAAACGCCAUUGGAGACCUGGUGUCUGGAGUCAGUGUGGGGAUCAUACAUCUGCCAACAGGUAUGGCCAACGCCAUGGUGGUGGGAGUUCCUCCUGCGUUUGGUCUCUACACCUCUCUCUAUCCUCUGAUCAUCUACUUCAUCUUCGGCACCUCGAGACACCUCUCCAUCGGUACUUUUGCCGUCCUGGCCAUCAUGAUCGGGUCUGUGACAGCCAACGUGGAGUCGGUUAGCAACAUCAACGGAGACAGUCAGGCUGAUGUUGAAGCGGCCAAAGUGAAUGUGGCUUUACAAGUCACCUUCCUCUCUGGCCUCAUACAGCUCCUGCUGUACCUGCUGCGUGGAGGCGGUGUGUGUCGCUGGCUGUCUGAUCCUGUCAUCAGGGGCUACACCACAGCAGGGGGUCUGCAUGUGAUCGCCCUGCAGCUGCCCCUAAUGACUGGAAUACCUGCACAGAGAUACACUGGACUGCUGCCUUCAGCCUGGACUUUAAAGGAUGUUUUGCUCGGAGUGACCAGCGCUGUACCAGGAGCGCUGUCAGUCUGUGUUUCCAUGGUGAUACUAAUCGGAGGCAAGAUGCUGAAUGAGCGCUUUAAGAACAAGCUGCCUGUCGCCAUACCGUGGGAACUUAUACUGAUUGUGCUGGGCACCAUGGUGUCCGUGCAGAUGGAUCUGGCCAGCCAGCACGCGGUCCAGGUGGUCGGAGACAUACCCAGUGGCCUGUCCGCCCCAGUCCUCCCCUCUCUCUCUCAGGCCAGAGAGCUGUUUGUUCCCGCUCUGUGUGUGGCUCUGGUCAGCUUCAGUUACCUCUCAGCCCUGGGUUCAGUGUUUGCCAACAAACACGGCUACCACAUGGACUCCAGUCAGGACCUGCUGGCUCUGGGUCUGUGUAACACCGUAGGAGCGAUGUUCCAGUGCUUCGCUGUCAGCUGCUCCUUCUCUCGCAGCAUGGUCCAGGAUAGCAUCGGUGUCAAAACGCAGAUGGCUGGUUUGGUAUCAGCUCUGUUGAUUCUGACCAUCCUGUUGAAGAUCGGUCACCUCUUCGAGCAGCUGCCAAAGGCAGUGAUGGCAGUGAUCAUCGUGGUGAACCUGAAGGGCAUACUGGCUCAGUUCAAAGAUGUGUGUGUGCUCUGGAAGUCUGACAGAUUAGACCUGCUGGUGUGGGUCUUCACGCUGAUUUCCACGCUGGUGUUCAACCUGGACCUGGGUCUGGCUGUGGCCGUGGUCUUCUCUCUGCUCACACUCAUCUACAGGACUCAACACUCCUCCACUCUUGUUUUGGGUGGUAUUCCCGGUACAGACUGUUACAGAGACGUGGGACUGUACGCGGAGGCAAAGCAAGUCCCUGGAGUGACCAUACUCUCCCUUUCCAGUCCUAUUUAUUUUGCCAACUCUGAACUGGUCUUCACACAGAUCAGACAGACAGUGAGUCGUGGUCAGAAGGAGAACCCAGCUGGAGUCCAGACCUCCUACUCCUCCUCCUCCUCCUCCUCCUCCUCCUCCUCCUCCUCCUCCUCCUCCUCCUCCUCCUCCUCCUCAUCAGCCGAGACGACGACGCACACUCAUUGCUUGGUUCUAGAUCUCAGCUCUGUCACCUUCGUGGACUCUGUGGCCAAAACAGGACUCUGCAAGGUUGUAGAAGACUUGGGACUCCAGGGUGUCAGUGUGUGUCUGGCAGCGUGCCCAGAAACAGUGUUAUCUAAGCUCCAGACUCAGGGUUGUAUAUGGGACAGCCUGUUCAGCUCCUGUGUCUUCCCAUCGGUCCAUCAUGCUGUCCAGCACUGCCUCAGCACCCUGCCUCAGCACCCUGCCCAAGCCUCUGGAGGAACUUACUUCAGAUGCAACUGAAUGUUGAAUCUACAUCACUGUGGUCUUUAAUUGUGAAUGACAGACAGUUAAGUCAUCUCACCGUAACAAGAACACUGUGCUGAUAGUUUGGGCUUUAAGGUGGCAGAAACACCAAAUAUCUCCUUUCAUAAUACGUAUUUUGUACACUUCUCACACAUUUCCAAACAAUAAAUGUAAUUGUUUCAUGA